CCCCGUAAACUGCACCGCGACGCAAACCAACCACCGCUUAUACGUUGCUUUUCCUCUCACACACAACAAUGGACCCGCUUUAGCACUUGCCUCCUCGAAGAAACACUUUAUGUCAGAGGGUCUACUUUUCGUCCGUCACUGCGCAGGUGCGUAGUUUUCUACCGACAGGAAGUGGGAUGGCUGCUCCUCACAGCGGCCAGUGCCCGCUCGUGCACAGCUUGGCCACACUGCUCCGAAAUGACGGCGACUUGGUGCUGGACGGCACCAGCACGCUGACCUUGCCGGCGGCCUGCUUGCAGCAGCUCACCCGGCUGUUUGAACAGUACUUGCUGUCCAGGAGUCGGCAGCACGGCUUCCUCGCGUUGCCCUCCCACCCCGCCGACACCGCUUCCCUUCUACAGCUGCAGUUCCUGUUUGACGUCCUGCAGAAGACCAUCUCCCUCAAGCUCACCAACCCGCCAGAGACGAGACUUCACUCUGUGGUGAAGAUCUUCCCGUUCAAGACCUUAAAAUAUUUGGAGCUGAAGCGAGUCCCUCCACACUGUCUGGAAGGACUCCGAGGGGUUUACUCCCAGUUGGAGGUCUUUACAUGUUCAAAGAGCCUCAACUCCCUGGAGGAGCUACUUUCUCUGUGUGGAGGAGACCUGAGCUCCGCGCUGCCUUGGCUGGAACUGCACACGCUCAACUUCAGCUACAACUCCAUCGUUUGCCUCGACCAAUCACUGAGUUUACUGAACGUCCUGAAGUCCCUCGACUUAAGCCACAACAAGAUUCAGGAGUGUGCUGAAUUCCUCACGGUUUCUAUUUUGCCCGAUUCAAAUUUUUUGCUGUGUGUGACGACACCUUGUUCGGCUCCCGGCGAUAAUCUCGUUUCCUCGUUGCUUUUUUCUUCUUCUCAGCCCUUGAGUGAGCUGGAACACUUGAACCUGGGCUACAACUGCCUGCAGAGGGCGCCGACGCUGGGCCCGAGUGCCAGGGCCAAACUCCUCUCGCUCAUCCUCAGGAACAAUGAACUGGAGACCAUCAACGGUGUGGAGCAGUUGUCCUCGCUCCAGCACUUAGACCUGGCCUAUAACCUGCUGUUGGAGCACUCCCAGCUGGCUCCCCUCUCCAUGCUGCACUGCCUCAACAGACUCAACCUGGAGGGAAACCCGCUGUACUUCCUGAAGACCCACCGCUCCGGCACCGUCCGACACCUCUCCCCGAAGGCUGCAAACCACCGACUCAAACUUGAUGGUUCCUCGCUGUCCUCGUACGAGUUAUCGGUUCUGCCCAAACCAGGCCGGCUGAUCGUCCAGCAGGUGCAGCCCGAACCUCCAGUUGCCAUGACGGCAGAACGCAGUAACCAGGAAGUGUCGAGCGGCGCCGGGGAGCUGAGCGACAGCCUGUCAGUCGGAGAAGUCUCACGCAUUCGGAAGAAGAAAUCCAAGGGUAAAGUGAGAGUUCGGAGGGCCAGCAUAUCCGAGCCCAGUGACACGGACUACGAGCCCAGGCUGCAAUCCGUCUCACAGAGCAUUGUCCUCCCCCACCAGAAGGAGAUUGAGCGCAUGUCCAGCUUCAGAGACCAGCUGGGAGAGGAUUGGCUGAGGUACCAGCAUCAUCUCGAUGGCUCUUCCCCCUCCACCAUGGACGCCUUCCAGCCCCCUCUCCCGGGUCAAGGCCUCCACAACGGCGUCGACGCCGCCACGCAUCUGUCCACCAGCCCUGGGCGUCGGCCGUCUCCGCCGUCCCUGGAUGUCCCGGAGGUCCUCCCUCCGCCGCUGCUCCCGCCCGAGCCCAGAUGGGCGACAUUGGCGGAUGCAGACCAGGAGGCGGAGUCUACGCUGCAGUGGCCCGCGCAGGGCUCACGGUCCACCACGGAGGACAGCACGGUGGACAGCACGGUGGUGAGCUCACCUAGGCCCAGUCCAGAGUCCCAAAGGUCGGCUGAAGGAGAGAGCAGAGACACCAAGGAGGAUGAAGAAGAAGAAGAGGAGGAGGAGGAGGAUCUCGGAGUGGACCUGUGUCACCCCCUACUCGUGGGCGUCUUAUCGGACAAAGAGGAAGAAGAUGUGGAGGGACCGGGGGAGAGCCACAGGAGGAGGAGGAGUGAGGUGUUCCUGCGCAUCAAACAGGGCCUGGUGCUGGAGGUGGACAUGCAGCGCGGCCGGGAGAGAUGCCGCCUGGAGCUUUGCAGCCUGGCUCGGGUGGAGAGCACCGAGGCGGCCUGGACCCGAGGGGAGACGGAGGAGAUGCUUCCAGCUGUGGAGCUCCAGUUCGACUACAUCAGCAGGGAGAAGAGGAGGAGGCUCUACGUCCUGCUUGAUGACGACCCGCAGCAGGCACUGCAGGCUCUAACCGACGUGCUGACUCACGUGGCGGAGGAAAACCGGCGCCGCCACUCCGAGCUCCGUCCCCGCCGCGUUCGCCUGCAGUGCCUUCGCUGUGGGUCAGAGUUCACGCCGAAGGGAGGCGGUCGCGAGGAGGAGGAGGAAGAGGAGGUGGCGGAAGGGGGGGGGGGAGCGAGGAGGAGAGGGGCUGCCUCGCGACCACAAGGUGUGGGAGAACAGGGGGAGGAGGAGCUGACGGGGUAUAUCGUCGACACCAAAGAAGACAGUCACAUUUGUCCACAAUGUGGUAGCGAUCAUGUGGUCCAGCUGGCUGGCCAAUCGACUCCCUUCUGCAGCACGCCCAUCCAGAACUCAUCCAUGCUGGAGAGCGAGGGCGACCAUGUCGACGUGAACCAGAGCGCCCGCCAUGCCAAUGAGCACACAGACGGUAUUCGCAGUAGUCCUGUCACAUCUACAGAGGAGUCCGCCUUCCUCACCGCUCAGGGAAGCUCCUUCUUCACCGGGGACGACCGGGGCGAUGCCUCCAGUCUCAGCACAGAGCUCCACAGCAAAGAGGAGCUGGCGGGGAGCUACCGCUACGUCGCUACGGGGACUCCACCGGAAGUCCAAGCCCCACCUGCAGGAAGGUCCGCCCCGAACGAUGAUCUGGACCUGCUGUCGGAGGACUACGAGGCGGUGGACCAUCGGCUGCAGCUCUUCCUGGACGUGGAGGUCUUCGAGGAGGAGGAAGAGCUUCACUCUUUCCUCAAGAUGUCGGUUGUCAAAUUUGGGGAGCCGGGGGAGGUGCCCUCUCUGCUGGUGGUGUCGAACCAGCGGAUCUAUUUCUUGGAAAUGACGUCAGAAACCCACAGAGGCCAGCUCUCCGAUUGGCUGCAGAAGCGGGACAGCCACCCGAUCAUGGAGCUCAGCUACCUGGAAGUGGGACUGGCCUCGCAGAGCAUCCACAUGGAGUUUGGGGGCGUGGCCUAUACCCUCCUCGUGAGGGACAGUCUACGCUGCAAACGCUUCUUUGGCCUCUUAACAGGUAUUGUGCGUGAGAUGGCUCACAAGUCCGACAGCAAGCUGCAGUCCAUCUCCACCACCAGGCUGAGCCCUCAGCACCACCUCUGGCCCCUGGUGUGUGAGGACAUCCAGGCAGACGUGGAGGACGGCCAGCUGCAGUUCUUCUACAUUCUGGCUUUUGUCCUGCAAGGUGACACCAAAUCCUCCGGAGACGGACGUCGCGAUCUUUACGAGGACGUCUGGAUGCCGCUGACGGUCCUGGUGACCCGGGAGACCCUGUACCUGCUGAGGGAGGAUCACCAGUGGAGGCGGAGCUCCAUCAGCCCGCCGGCGGAGGAGCGGCCGGAGCCGAGCAGCGGCGGCGUGGCGGUGCUGGAGACGCUGCCCAUCAGCUGCGUCAGCGCCGUCCACCUGUGGCCUUCGGACUGGCGCAGGAUGGACAUCCAGCUCUACGAUGAGACGGUGAAAGAGGAGAGGACGUGGUGCGUGCGCUCCGACAGCGCCGAGCUGCUCCGGGGUCUGCUGGCCUGGGUCACGGCCCAGUGGGAGGCCAUGUUCGGAGUGAAGCUGAACACAAAGCGGCACGAGGGAGGGGGCGGGGCAUGAGAGGCACUCGCGCCGGAGAGAGUCUCGUGCUGGCACCGGGACAUGUUUGAUUGUCUUUGUUUUCCUCUCGGUCGCUUUCGAGAGCGCCGGUUGCAUAAUUCUGUAUCCUCCAGGUACCGUCCUUUGUGUGCAUUUGAUUCCUCCACAGAUGUUGAAAUGCAUCUUAAAGUCGACCUCCUCGGUCACUGCAGCAGCAACCGUUUUUUUUAUUUUGUUUUUUUAAAGCUGAGCCUUAAAAUAUGUCUCCCCCCCCCCCCCCCCCCCAUUCCUUCUCUCAGUAAGCCCUCCUCGCGGCCUCGGGGCUCAAUGCGGUGUCAUCGAGGGUCACCGCACUCGCCCAAUUAGGGUCUUGUGAUGCGUCUCGGGAGCGCCGCGUUGACCCGGGGGAAGGGGACGCCAGAACUCUGCGAACUCAUUUGGAAAGACGAGCGGUCGGCGUCAUUUUUCCUCGCCGGAUUUUUCGUUUUGUUUUUGAGUCGUUUGUAACCGCAGUUUGUUUUCGUGUGACUUUCCGACGUGUCGGCUAAAUGCCGUUGUUCAUGUGAAUGUGUACGAAGCCUCUGCUGCACUGUGCGUUAUGUAAUCGGCCCCCUGUGGUUCAUUCAGAUCAACCACUUCAACGGAAUGUGUUUCUUUUGUUGGCAUUUUUCUUGUUCUCCAUGUGGUUUAAUACAACGAAAAACAAUUUUAUUUUUAUAUACAUGCAGGGGAAUAACUGAUCUAUGACGUGUAUAAGUGAAUAUAACAAGUACUGUGUUUGUAUGCGAGUUUAUUGUGUGGUUCCUUUUUUUCUUUCUCCUGAAACUUGAAUAGUGCCAAUAAAAGUCCCACUCGAGCUUCA